AUGUCCCUACCAAUAUCUUACUAUGUCAAGAACCUCUUCGCGUCGUCUUAUGGCAAGGACCGUCCCAAGUUCUUCAUCUGGUAUCCUGAGGGGACGACGUCUGCGGAAAAGAAGCUGCUCUUCAAGAUCGACUUCUUCAUCCUGAGUUAUGGCUGUCUCGCGUACUUCACCAAGUGGCUGGACCAGGCAAACCUGAGUAAUGCCUAUGUGUCUGGUAUGAAGGACGACCUAGCCAUGUACGGCACGCAGUACAAUCUGGCUGUUACUUGCUUCUCUGUCGGGCAGAUCCUUGGCGCGAUUCCUGCCAACAUUCUCUUGACUUGGAUUCCACCGCGUAUUCUCCUCCCGGGGCUGGAGCUCCUAUGGGCCAUUCUGACAAUUGGAACGUAUGCCAUCCAUGACGUAAACCAGCUCUAUCCCCUUCGGUUCUUCAUUGGAUUUCUGGAAGGAUCCUGUUUUGUUGGCGUCCAAUACGUUCUCGGCAGCUGGUACAAGAAGACAGAGCUAGGAAAACGGACUGCCAUCUUUGCCUGCGCUGCGUAUGUCGGCACAAUGAUAUCCGGAUACUUGCAGUCAGCAGCAUUGGCUACAUUGGAAGGGAGGAAUGGGAUUGCAGGUUGGAGGUGGGUUUUCAUUAUCGAUGGAAUCAUUACUGUGAUCGUAGCCAUCUACGGGUUCAUUGUCUUUCCAGACACCCCAUAUGAUACCAAGGCGUUCUACCUGAGCCCCGAAGAGAAGGCUAGAUGCCUUGAACGCAUCAUCGAAGACGGAAGGCAAGAAACGAUCAACCACUUCAGCUGGGACAUGUUCAAGCGGGCUGCGAAGACGUGGCAGCUCUAUGUUCUCACCGUUCUGUUCAUGUUUUGGAAUACUACGGUCGGCAAGGUCGCCAACACAGUGAUGCAGUUAUACCUUAAGAACGAUACACAGCACAGCUGGUCUAUCUACCAGGUGAACAAUGUACCGACUGCCAUCAACGGUUGGAACAUUGUCCUGAUUCUGUUGUUCAAUGUAUUUGUCGAUGCGACAGGCUAUCGCAUGGCCGUUGUUGCCUUCAAUCUCGCCCUCCUCAUAUUCGGCACAAUAUGUCUGGUUGUCUGGGAUAUCCCACUGGGCUUGAAGAUCGUCUCGUAUCUUUUUGCCGGCACCGAUGGCCCGCUGAGCCCAAUUUACUAUUCCUGGGCCAACAUCCUGACGUCGGGAGAUCGCCAAGUGCGCGGAUUGACUUUGGCUGUCAUGAACUCAGCUGGCACAGCGUUGAGCACUGUCAUCCAGCAAUUCCUCUACCCGGUCACAGAUGCACCACAGUUCAGCAAGGGAUUCAAGGCUAGUCUGGGGUUUAUCUGCGGUAUGUGUCUGUGGGUGGUGGUCGUGCGUGCACUAGAAAUGCGGGAGCUCGCGCGGGGCUCCUCACAGGCUGUCAUCGAGGCACGGAACGAUGAGGAAAACCCCUCGGAGUCCGAUUCGGGAGCUAUCUCGGUUAUGCCCGAUCGGAAGGCCUGA